AUGCAUUUAAAUAAAACAAUGUUAUUUAGAGUUUCAUUCUCAUGUAUAGAAUUUUGUAAUAUUAACCCAAAAAUAAUAAACAAAAAACUUUUUUACAAUACCAUUAGAUGUUUUAAUAGUGAAUCAAUUAAUUCUAAUAAAAAUGAUCAUAUAACUUCCUCCGAUUCAUUUUUAACAGUAAAUGAUUGUUCUAGAAAUGUAUUAUCUAAUGAAAAUGUUGUUGAUAUUAUGGACGAUUCUUCCGUAUCAAGGAUAGGAAUUCUAUCCAGAGAGGAGUUUCUUUCAAAUAAAAGAACUAACCUGAUAGAUAAAAAUGAAUAUGAAAAGUUAAAACCACACGAGGCUAACAAAUACAUAACAUCAAAGAAAGAUGGUUUUUACUUAUAUGAUAAAACGAAUAUCUCCGUUACUGAUGAUAAUACAAAGUUACCAAACUACAAGAAAAUGGUCGAAAAAUCAAAAAUAUUAUCAUAUACAUCAGACAAACUAAUGAAAGGAAAUGAUAUAAGAGAUAAGCUAACAUUUCAAGAUAAAAAAAUAUACGAUAAGUCAAACGAGGAUUAUUACAAAUCAUACUUUAAAGAUAGAGAAAGAAUAUUUGACGGAUUAGGUGAUAAAAUAAAGUCAAUUGAAGAUGAAAUUAUGAAAAGCAGAAUAAGUCCAGAGGGAAAUCGAACAAGAAUAUCACCUAACAAAUACUGGAUCAAAGAGGGAUAUAAAUCACCAACAAAUGAAGAAAUUAAAUCUCUGAAGCCAUUUGACCUAAAAUUUGUAAUGAUGAAUGAGGCAAAGUUGAAUUCGGAUAAAUUGGUAAAUAAGGAAAUUUGGGAUUCAUUUAUUGAGAGAAUUAUUUCAUUCAAAGAAAAGGUGAACAUGAGCAUGCUGUUAAGAUAUAUGCACGCCAUUUCAAUAAGAAAAAUAAAUUCCCCAAAAGUCAAUUAUCUAAUAGAUAUGAUUUGUUCAAGGAAGCAUGAAAUGAAGCCAAAACAUUUUGUGUUCUUCUUCCAAGCUCUUUCAAGAAUAAAUAUAAGAGAUGAAAGAUUGUAUGAUCUCAUGUAUGAUAUGAUGCUUUGCUGGCCAAUCUUAAGGAAUAACUUCAUUAUUAAGGCGGCAAAUUCAGUAUCAAAGCUGGGAAUAUCAGAAAGUCUACUAAUAAAGCCACUGCAAGAUGUUAUUAGAAAUAGGAUUCCAAGCAUUUCAGGCAGUGAAUGUAAAAGAUUGAAGCCAAUUACAAUAAUGGAUUUGUUUACGGACGAAAUGAUAGUGGAGUUCAUUGAGAAAUGUGAAUAUCACAAGGGGUAUUUCCACGGUUACAGUAGAAAUUUGGAUAUAAUCCAACUAUACCUAAGACUGGUAAAAACAGAAGUGUACUCCAAUUUAAGUGAAUCCACAGUUGAUUUCCUGAAUAAAUCAAGCGAAAAUCUAAAGGAAAAAAGAGAAUUUUCAAAUAAGGAUGAUAGGAGAAUGAGUUCAAGUGAACAUGAGGAUAUAAGUAGAGUGCUUAAUUUGAUGGGAAUAAAACACAAAAAUUGCUUAGAAGCCGGUCCAUUUGUAUUUGACAUAUACGAGCCGAAAUCAAAAACGGUUAUAGAGGUAAACAACAAAUACCAAUACUACGUUGGAAGUAAUCAAUUGACAUCAUCAGCCAGAAGGCGCCAUGAAAUGAUAUCCGCAAUGGGAUAUAAGUUGUUACAAAUCCCAUAUCGAUGGUGGAACAGGUUGGAAUCUGACGAAAACAAAAUAGAAUCCUUGAAAAACCUUUUCAUUAACAUUUAA